AGUUUCCUUUUCCAGGGCUUAGUCGCGCUCCUCCCUCCUUUUUGGUUCCUCUUCGUCCUCCCUCAGAGACGGGGGGUCUACUGCCUCAGUUUCCUCUCCAUUACCCGCGAGGUGGGUGCCCCAGUGCGGUACCCCAGCCUCCUCCCAGCUCGCGGCACCUGCCCCGCCUUCCAGCCCCCGGCCGGCUCGCGCGGCGCAGGCGCACCGGCCGCGGCCCUGAGGCCGAGCCAGACCUCAGCAGCUUCUGCCUCCGCCUCCUGCGACCGUAUCCGCGCGGGGCUAGUCGGCGGUCACCGAGACCGCGCUGGGCAGAGGCCCCGCGGGCCGCGCGUCGCCAUGGGCGCGGGCUGGAGCAGCGAGGAGGAGCGGCAGCCCCUGCUGGGGCCCGGACUCGGGCCUGCGCCGGGAGCUGUCUGGAGAAGCCGGGAGGCGGCGGCGGCGGCGCUGCCCGCGGCGGCCCCGGGUCCCGGGCGGGUGUACGGGCGCCGCUGGCUGGUGCUGCUGCUCUUUUCGUUGCUGGGUUUUGCGCAGGGCCUGGUCUGGAACACCUGGGGCCCCAUCCAGAACUCGGCGCGCCAGGCCUAUGGCUUCUCCAGCUGGGACAUCGCGCUACUCGUGCUGUGGGGACCCAUCGGCUUCCUGCCGUGCUUCGCGUUCAUGUGGCUCCUGGACAAGAGAGGUCUUCGGGUAACUGUGCUUCUGACAUCCUUCCUUAUGGUUUUGGGAACUGGUCUAAGAUGCAUACCUGUAUCAGACUUAAUGCUUAAAAGAAGGCUAAUCCACGGAGGACAGUUGUUGAAUGGAUUGGCAGGCCCAACGGUGAUGAAUGCAGCUCCGUUCCUCUCUACCACGUGGUUUUCUGCCGACGAACGGGCCACUGCCACAGCCAUCGCAUCCAUGCUCAGCUAUCUUGGUGGAGCAUGCGCGUUUUUAGUGGGGCCCCUUGUUGUUCCAGCCCCCAAUGGGACGUCACCUCUUCUUGCUUCGGAGACGAGCAGGACCCACAUUAAAGAUCUCAUAGAGACUGUAUUGUAUGCAGAAUUUGGAGUUGUCUGCUUACUAUUUUCUGCAACACUAGCUUAUUUCCCACCCCGGCCUCCACUUCCUCCCAGUGUUGCUGCAGCUAGCCAGCGGCUGAGUUAUCGGCGGAGCUUUUGUAGAUUAUUAAGCAACAUGAGAUUUUUGAUGAUUGCUUUAGCGUAUGCCAUACCACUUGGUGUAUUUGCUGGUUGGUCUGGAGUUCUGGACUUAAUUUUAACACCAGUGCAUGUCAGCCAGGUAGAUGCUGGCUGGAUUGGAUUUUGGUCCAUAGUUGGAGGCUGUGUUGUUGGAAUAGCUAUGGCAAGGUUUGCAGAUUUUAUCAGGGGUAUGCUGAAACUAAUUCUUCUCCUCCUGUUUUCUGGGGCUACCCUCUCAUCCACGUGGUUCACCCUGACCUGUUUGAACAGCAUUACUCACCUGCCUUUAACCACAGGUCAGUUUUUGAAUGUCACUUAGAAACUCCUGAAAGAAAGAAAAAAAAAAGAAACUCCUGGUAGAUACUUUUUUAACUUAUACUGCUUUAAAAACUAGAUUUUCACAUUUCUUUCCUGAAUGAUCAUGGUGGGUAUUUUUUUUCUCUUUCCUGAUACUUACCACCUAACUCUUACUCGAGUGCAUCUUAUUUCCCCUGCCAAUCUGAAAAUCUGGAGUAUGGACUUGUGCCUUAUCAGUUCUGACCCCAGCUCUCACCCUACUACUUAGCACAAUCUGUGAAUAAUGAAUGAACGAAGUGUAUAUUAUCUCCAUUUUGAAUCUCAGUAGAUAGGACUUAUUGCCAGUAAUAGCAACCGUGGUCACUCUGUUACUCAGCACUAGCUGUAUGCAGGCAAAAGGGCACAUUUUAAUGGAACCAAUGGAGAAUUUGAAUAAAUCUGUCACAGAUACUCUUACUGCCUUUAUAAAAAUCUGACCUAAUUCCUUUUAAGUAAAAGAGGUUUCAUGAAAGGGAACUUACAACAAAAUCUAAUUAUAGACAAAUCUAGACCUUUAGACUGAUAUUUAAAGCCAGUAACGGCAGAUUCGUAUUUCUUUUUUACCAGAGUCAUUCUUCUUUUUUUAAGGAAGAAAAUAUCUAGUCUUUUUCCCAUUUCUAGUAAAUUUAGUAUUCCUGUUGUUACUUUUAAAUAGCGGAAGAAUCUACAUGAAGAAUGUGAAAAUAUAUGCAUUAAUUAUAAUUGUUGACAUAAUAAAGUAAAAGCUAGUUAAUUUUGUUAACCAUGUGUUAUAAGUGCUGGUACUAUUAAAACCAUCUGUUGCAGUA